AUGUUCUUCAACGAGUUACGAUUUGCUGCCGCCAAGUCCAUCAGAACGUCUACCAUCAUUCUCGCAUCGUUCAACAUGGUUGCUGCAUUUGCGACAGCAGUUGGAAUUCUUUGCGACUCCUACUUCAGAUCACGGAGGAACAGAAGACUCCAAUUAAGACCAAAUGGCUUUUGGGACUUUGUGCCGGAGGGCGAGCUUUAUCCUCUUAUACUCUCCAUUGCCAUUGUCAUUCAGAGUGCUACCUUCGCCGGUGCUCAGUCUACUGGGCUCAAGAGCCUGUUUGGAUUAGGAUGCACCACAAUGGCUCAACUGAUGCUGCCAGCGGUGUUUCUCGUCCCCUACAUUCAACUUGUGUUCGCUGUCGAGAUUGCCAUCCGCGGGCUCAAGAAGAGUCCAUUUGCCCCGAGGGGCAAGUACGAUGUGUCUAUCUGCCUUGCUAUCGUUGGUUUGUUGACCCUCGCGAAGUUUCUAGUGGCCGGUUUUGACCGAUCUCCAAACUUUUGUUUAACUUCUCUCUUUUGGUUUGUCGCCCAUUACUCGGUCAUGUGCUUCGGUCUUUUCGUCUCUAUUGCCGCCAUCAUUCUUGGUUGCAUCGUUGUCGUUUUUACGAGGCUCUAUCGCAGCAUCAAAGUAGAAGUUACCGCGCGUGUUUCGGCGUCGAAGAUGAUAUACUAUAUGGCCCAUUCCGUCAUCUCACUUGGCUUCAUGAUCCCAUUUUUCUUUGUCCAGGGUUUCAGGGACCGAUUGGGCCAACCUUCUAACGCGCUGACACUGGCAAUGGUUGCCUCGGUUGUCGCUAAUGUGUCGGGGCUCAUGACCGGGGGUCUAUAUCUGUUCCUGAAGUCUAGCACCCUAUCAACAAUUGGACCCAUGGAUAAGGCUGGCGAGUACGAGGAUCGGCAACUGAGAUACAAAAUCCAGCGUGUCGAGACAAGCGAUGACGACAGGUCUGAGGAUUUCGACUUCCAGAUCACCCAUCCAGUCGGCAGGCCAGGCAGGUUCACCAGCGAGUCUACCUUGAUUAAUACUGAGAAAGAGGAGGAAGCAGCAUUGGACUCCCAGUCGGCUAAAUGGAGGAGAACUCCGGAGUCGACACGGUCCAGCAAGCUGGCAGCUAUGGCCGCUGCCAUCCUGCCAAAAGCCCCUCAGCCAGCACGUAUCCCAGCUGCUGCAUCCAUAGCUGGCCACAUGCGUAAACGCUCCUAUUCGCUUUUCCCAAAGACCGCUUCGAGAGUUCCCGGGACCACCCUCCCAGCAACAACCUAUGUUCCUACCGAAGAUGACCUUAAGCCACCUCCGUCGAUGGCUAACCUGGUCAACACGCGUCAUAAGCGCGAUUCCUCGCUGGUUUCAUCGGCGACUGUUCAGAUCGGCCUCCGGCUCUCAUCUGUCGACGAUAUCCCACCAGCAGCAGCGACUACCCCUGAUAAUGUGGUACAUACAUUGGACUGUCCAAACUUGAUGAAGGAAAAGGGCAUGACACGUCCACAGGCUGUGGUCUUUAGCCCCACCACAGCUACGUCGAAUGGUGGCACCAAUGUGCAGGACGAACCGGUAAAAGAUGCGAGGAUGAAAACGCUGCCGCCGGUGCCAAAAUUGGACACAGCUGUUGGGGUUGCUGUAAAGGUGGAUCAACCACUACCAAAGUCACAAGAUGAAGUCUUGACGCUUAGCUCAUCAGUGUAUACCCCGGUCUCUGGAGAAAAGCCGGCAAAGCAGCAAGAAGUUUUCACCCUCAGCCCGACUGUGUACACUCCUCCUUCUCCUUCGAAGAAGACAAAGCAAAAGCAAGAGGAGCCGGUUACUCUUAGCCCGACGGUUUAUACUCCGUCAAGCAACACGCCAAAGCAACAGCAAUCGAAACAAGAACCCGUCACCCUCAGCCCAACAGUUUACACACCCCCAUUCGUUGAACCGAAGCCAGGGACUCAGCCGCCACCACCGCCCCAACUUGAUGAGCCGAUUACCCUCACCUCAGCCGCCUACAAACAGACUACUCCAACUACAGCUCGUGUGAAGCUGCCCAGCCCUAAAGGCGUGGGCUUCAGCAUGCCGGAGGGCGACAUCCAAUACAAGCACUCGAGCACAGCAGCCAGCACUGAGAAGCCCACCCCGGAAGAAGGAAACUGA